AGCCUCCAGAUAGGACAACGCCUUUUUUCUUUUUUCGCAGGCCACUCUCUCUCUCUCUCUCUCUCUCUUCUCUGCACACUGGUUGAGUUGUUGAUUGUCAACCUUGACUCCUGAGAGAGACGAAAUCCAGAGUUGCGGAAACCGAUCGCCGUCUCAUCGAGUUGGGUUUUCCGUUUUUCUUUCUGAUCAGAGAAUCUGUGGCGAUUUGCCUUGCAAGAUGCUUUCAUUGCCUGAACUUCCAAAGAGACCAAAGAAUGGCUCAUAAAGCUAAUCUUGUUAUUAUUGGAAUUUCUGUUGGUUUGGCUCUUGGUAUUUUGAUUGCUUUACUCGUUUUUUGUGCCAUAAGAUGGUACAAGAAGCAUGCUCAUCUUCGACGUUGCACGAAUGAGCGUAGUGUAACGACUGUUCCUAUACGAAGUAAUGGCUUCGGCACAAGUACUGACUUCAGUGCGUCUCUCUCAAAUACUGUUGCGGUUAAAGGAUCAGAAAGCGGCCGCAAAAAUUCUCAGUUCUUUUUGUGGAAUAACCAAAAGAAAGAUCGACUUGCUUCCGUUUCAGGCAUACCUAAAUACUCAUACAAGGAUAUACAGAAAGCUACACAAAACUUCACGACUAUUUUAGGACAAGGGUCAUUUGGUCCUGUGUAUAAAGCAACAAUGGCUACCGGAGAAGUAGUGGCUGUGAAGGUUCUUGCGUCCGAUUCUAAACAGGGGGAGAGAGAGUUCCAAACUGAGGUAUCUGUGCUUGGGAGACUGCAUCACCGGAAUCUAGUAAAUCUAGUGGGAUAUUGUGUUGAUAAAGGGCAACACAUGUUAGUUUACGAGUUCAUGAGUAAUGGAAGCUUAGCAAACCUUCUUUAUGGUGGAGAAGACCGGGGUUUGAACUGGGAUGAAAGGCUUCAAAUUGCUCUUGAUAUAUCCCAUGGAAUUGAGUACCUACAUGAAGGGGCUGUCCCGCCUGUCAUACAUCGCGAUUUGAAAUCUGCUAAUAUUUUGUUGGACGGAUCAAUGAGAGCGAAGGUUGCUGAUUUUGGACUGUCGAAGGAAGAAGUAUUUGAUGGCAGGAAUUCUGGCCUUAAAGGCACAUAUGGCUACAUAGACCCAAUGUACAUAACGACAAGCAAUUUUACCAUGAAGAGUGACAUCUACAGCUUCGGCGUUAUAAUAUUCGAACUCAUCACAGCUAUCCAUCCGCACCAAAACCUAACGGAAUACAUUAACUUGGCAUCCAUGAGUCCAGAUGGCGUUGAUGAGAUACUGGAUAAGCAACUAGCCGGAGGGUGCAACAUUGAAGAAGUGAGAAACCUAGCUAGCAUUGGCCACAGAUGCCUGCAAAAGACACCGAGAAGGAGACCUUCAAUAGGAGAAGUUUCGCAGGCUGUUUUGAAGAUAAAGCAGAGACGACUUGCUAAAGAAGAUACCAUGUCUUUUGCCAGCAAAGAUCUUUCGCGUGCAGUGAGCAGAAUAGAGGAUCAGCAGGUGGAGUUGAGUAUGAUGGCCUCCAGUAAGGAUAGAGUGACAGAAUGAAACAGUUUUUUUCUUUGUAGGUUUACACUCCUCUUACGUUGUUGGUUUUUUUUUUUCUAGCUUACUGUGUCUAGUCCCUCCUGAGCUAUUCUUAAAGGAUGCUGAUGAUAGAGUACAUACAUACGUGAGUUUUAGGACUUUAGGACUUAAAUCAAUGAGCUUUCGAGGAUUUUAAGAAUCACGGUGAGGUAUCUGAUGGGUUAAGAAGUUUCAGUAGCAAAAAGAAAGGAGGAUGGGUUAAGUAGUUCUUCAACUUUUUUUGUAACACAUGAAAUCAAGUUAGAAGAAAGAAAGAAAAAAGGCGUAAAAUCGAAAUGGUUGUUCAUGUGCACUAUGUUCUAUCUUUCUAUUAACCGUUGCCAAUCAACCUUCAUCAAUCAAGAUUCAAGAAAGCAAGAUCACUCGUCAAAAGCCGGCAUCUUCUUACCAAGUGCUUUUGCCUCACAAAAAACAUAUCAAACAAGACUUCGAAGAUAUUUGUUGACAAAGACUUUCUAAAAUCCAUGAACUCUAUCUUUUACAGGCAAUGCCAGCCUAGCCUUGAAGUCUACUGUCCCCUUCAUUCAUUCAUUACUGAAACAAGGUUUCAAAUUGAAGGGGGAGAUCCGGAAAAUAUCAA